AAACAGCCAAACAACUGUUAUGGGAACAGCAAGCCCAAAUAAAGCUCAAGCAUCAGGAGGAUCUGAGAGCUGAAAGCAACUUCUGUUCCCCCUCCCUCAGCUGAAGGGGUGGGGAAGGGCUCCCAAAGCCAUAACUCCUUUCAGGGGAUUUAGAAGGCAUAAAAAGGCCCCUGGCUGAGAACUUGCUUCUUCAUUCUGCAGUUGGUACCAGAACUCUGGAUCCUGAACUGGAAGAAAAUGUCUAUCCAGGUUGAGCAUCCUGCUGGUGGUUACAAGAAACUGUUUGAAACUGUGGAGGAACUGUCCUCGCCACUCACAGCUCAUGUAACAGGCAGGAUCCCGCUCUGGCUCACCGGCAGUCUCCUUCGAUGUGGGCCAGGACUCUUUGAAGUUGGAUCUGAGCCAUUUUACCACCUGUUUGAUGGGCAAGCCCUCCUGCACAAGUUUGACUUUAAAGAAGGACAUGUCACAUACCACAGAAGGUUCAUCCGCACUGAUGCUUACGUACGGGCAAUGACUGAGAAGAGGAUUGUCAUCACAGAAUUUGGCACCUGUGCUUUCCCAGACCCCUGCAAGAAUAUAUUUUCCAGGUUUUUUUCUUACUUUCGAGGAGUGGAGGUUACCGACAAUGCCCUUGUUAAUGUCUACCCGGUGGGGGAAGAUUACUACGCCUGCACAGAGACCAACUUUAUUACAAAGAUUAAUCCAGAGACCUUGGAGACAAUUAAGCAGGUUGAUCUUUGCAACUAUGUCUCUGUCAAUGGGGCCACUGCUCACCCCCACAUUGAAAAUGAUGGAACCGUUUACAAUAUUGGUAAUUGCUUUGGAAAAAAUUUUUCAAUUGCCUACAACAUUGUAAAGAUCCCACCACUGCAGGCAGACAAGGAAGAUCCAAUAAGCAAGUCAGAGAUCGUUGUACAAUUCCCCUGCAGUGACCGAUUCAAGCCAUCUUACGUUCAUAGUUUUGGUCUGACUCCCAACUAUAUCGUUUUUGUGGAGACACCAGUCAAAAUUAACCUGUUCAAGUUCCUUUCUUCGUGGAGUCUUUGGGGAGCCAACUACAUGGAUUGUUUUGAGUCCAAUGAAACCAUGGGGGUUUGGCUUCAUAUUGCUGACAAAAAAAGGAAAAAGUACCUCAAUAAUAAAUACAGGACUUCUCCUUUCAACCUCUUCCAUCACAUCAACACCUAUGAAGACAAUGGGUUUCUGAUUGUGGAUCUCUGCUGCUGGAAAGGAUUUGAGUUUGUUUAUAAUUACUUAUAUUUAGCCAAUUUACGUGAGAAUUGGGAAGAGGUGAAAAAAAAUGCCAGAAAGGCUCCCCAACCUGAAGUUAGGAGAUAUGUACUUCCUUUGAAUAUUGACAAGGCUGACACAGGCAAGAAUUUAGUUACGCUCCCCAAUACAACUGCCACUGCAAUUCUGUGCAGUGACGAGACUAUCUGGCUGGAGCCUGAGGUUCUCUUUUCAGGGCCUCGCCAAGCAUUUGAGUUUCCUCAAAUCAAUUACCAGAAGUAUUGUGGGAAAUCUUACACAUAUGCAUAUGGACUUGGCUUGAAUCACUUUGUUCCAGAUAGGCUCUGUAAGCUGAAUGUCAAAACUAAAGAAACUUGGGUUUGGCAAGAGCCUGAUUCAUACCCAUCAGAACCCAUCUUUGUUUCUCACCCAGAUGCCUUGGAAGAAGAUGAUGGUGUAGUUCUGAGUGUGGUGGUGAGCCCAGGAGCAGGACAAAAGCCUGCUUAUCUCCUGAUUCUGAAUGCCAAGGACUUAAGUGAAGUUGCCCGGGCUGAAGUGGAGAUUAACAUCCCUGUCACCUUUCAUGGACUGUUCAAAAAAUCUUGAGCAUACUCUAGCAAGAUAUGUUUUUGGUAGCAAAACCGAGAAAAUCAGCUUCAGGUCUGCAAUCAAAUUCUGUUCAGUUUUAUCCUGCUAUAUGUCAUGGUUUUAACUUGCAGAUGUGCACAAUUUUGCAAUGUUUUACAGAAAGCACUGAGUUGAGCAAGCAAUUCCUUUAUUUUAAAAAAAAGUACAUAUUUAGAUAAUCAUACUUCCUCUGUGAGACAGGCCAUAACUGAAAAACUCUUAAAUAUUUAGCAAUCAAAUAGGAAAUGAAUGUGGACUUACUAAAGGGCUUUUAAUUCCCAUUAUAAGAGCAUAUUGUAGGUACCUAUCUGCUCCAAUUAUAUUUUAACAUUUAAAAACCAAAGUCCUCUAUACUUGAUUUAUAUUAUAUGUGGCUUUGCUGAGUCAAGGAAGUAUCAUGCAAUAAGGCUUAAUUACUAAAUGUCAAACCAAACUUUUUCUCAAACUAGGGACUAUCAUCUAAGAUUAAUUACAGUAAUUUUUUGCGUAUAUGUAACUGCUUAAAGAUUAUGAAUCUUAUGAAUAUUAACCUUUCCGCUUAUUACAGGCAAGUACUAUUAUUUCUGAUUUUAUAAUAAGAAAAUCUACGUUUAAUCAACUGAGGCCUCUCAACCAAAUAACAUCUCAGAGAUUAAGUUAUAUAUUGAAAGCUUAUGUAACAUAAAAGCAAGUACAUAUAAUAGUGACUAUAUUAAAAAAAACAGAGCAUAAAAUACUUAAAAAUGUAAUAUUUACUUAAAAUCAGAUUAUGGGAUGAUGUUGCAGGAUUAUACUUUAUUGCAUCUUUUUUGUUUAAUUAUAUUUAAGCAUUGUGCAAUCACCUGGGAAAAAUAUUAAAUUAUUAACAUUCAGGUAUUAAUGCAUUUUAAGCCUUUUGUUUUUAAAUUUCUUUUGUUCUAGAGAUUGUUUAAAAAUAAAUAUUGACAAAAAUAAUGUUCUAUAUCUUAAUUCUAGUAUCUGUUUUAUGCUUGAAAGCAUUACAUAUCAUGAUACCUAAGAUGAUCAGCAUGGUGUUUGACUAGGUAAAAAUAGGUGGAAGGAACAGACUGACCAGGGUACCUGAUGUAUCCAUUUGAUCUUUAUUUAGAUAAGAUGCAAACUCAUUUUUUAAAUUACAAAUACUCAGUAAAGCAUACUUUGCAAGGAGUAACUAAAAAUACAAAAAAGUAGAAAUUGUAAAAUAAAAUCAUACAGAGCUCACCUAAGUUCAACUGCUGUUAAGAUUUGGGUACUGGUCUUUUUCUUCUUUUCUAUUCCUGUAGAUUUUUUAUGUAAUCAUUAUUUUUCCAUCAGUAAUUACUAGAUAGAACUAAAAAUCUCAAAAAAGAAAGAGAAUGCCAGGGAGCUGCAUGGAAUAUGUCACUGUAGAUAAAUAUCAAUCCAUUGGUUCCUGUCUCUAGACAUGAUAUAUGAACAGAAUUCUACAAAGAAAACUAUUUUUCUAUUUUGUAAAAAAUGUAGAAAAUUAAUUACUGAAAAAUUACUAAGUUUUAGACUUAAUGUCUUCAAAUUUAAAAAAAAGUUCCUACAAUUCCACUUCCUACCCUUGCCAAUCAAUGAUUCCCUGGCUUCUUCCCAUUCAUUUUUCAUGAAGCAAGUCUCACAAUUCAAGGUGACCAUAUCUCCUCCUGCUGUACAAUCCCCUUUAGAGAUCACCAAUGUGUGAAGAAAGGAAAGAGGCAAAUCUACGAUAAUAUUUGGCUAAUACCAUUUCACCAUCAUUGGCAUUCUCAAUUACAAUUAUCACUAAGAUUAGAGCAAGGAGACUUAGGAGCUACUUUUCAAGUGCAAGAUUGAUAUAAGCUUUAAAAACUUAAAUUAGAAUAAGAGAUAUUUAAGUUAUGCAGGAGAGAUUAACUUGUAAAUUUGGACUUUCUAGGAAACACCUACUCCUCGGAGGGAUCUAGAGAAUCAUGUCCCAUCUAUAAAAAAGAAAAUCUGGCCGGGCGCGGUGGCUCACGCUUGUAAUCCCAGCACUUUGGGAGGCCGAGGCGGGUGGAUCACGAGGUCAGGAGAUCGAGACCACAGUGAAACCCCGUCUCUACUAAAAAUACAAAAAAUUAGCCGGGCCUGGUGGCGGGCGCCUGUAGUCCCAGCUACUCCGAGAGGCUGAGGCAGGAGAAUGGCGUGAACCCGGAAGGCGGAGUUUGCAGUGAGCCGAGAUUGCGCCACUGCACUCCAGCCUGGGUGACAGAGCAAGACUCCGACUCAAAAAAAAAAAAAAAAUAAAAAUAAAAAAAAAAAAAGAAAA